GCCGUUACGCGCUUUAACAUGUCAUUGAAAUCGUAUGCACGAUCGAAUGCUCCGCACACGUUGCUCCUCGCUAAUUGAAAUUGCUUCUGGAAACCAUGGAGGUGUUGAUAGAUUGUUACUUCGACAGAUUGUUUUCGGAAAUGGAUCGCAGUUGCUUAGCCUCGCGAUACAAACGACGCGAGUUGGUCAAUUAUUUCACGGACGUGAUAAACAGCUGUGCAGAAGCGGAGAAUCUGGACAAACAUGACGUGUGCGAGAGAAUCGUGAACUCGGCUCUGCGUUAUCACAACAUCACGAUGUCGGACAACGGAUCGAUCUGUUUGCUCGGCAAGUUUCACAACGUUCUCUACGUCGCCGCGAAACUCUGCUACGACUGGGACAUCGGCAACAACGAGAUCGUCAGCCGAUUGCUCAACGACAUAUUCUACUGCGAGAAGACCUUCGAACGUUUGCUGGUCGGCGCGAUCUUCGGCACGCGCGUUACUCACUUCCUGUCCGGUUGGAAAUGCGACUUCGACGAUCGCGAGGAGAACAUCCGGGCGUUGGUGUACUUCUUGAAUCACGCGACCAGCGCCCGGUUGGAAUACCGUUGCGAAUCAUCGUCGAUCAAGAGACGUUUCAUCGACGUGCCCAUGGAGUCGUACGGACAGGUUCUGCCUUUGAGAGUCGCGAUACAACACGGCGCGCCGGACAUCCUGUUGAUCAUGCUGCGCUACGGCGCCUCGGAAGAGUCCGACAAACUGGCACCGUCCCCGAUAGAGAUCAUCAUGACUAAACUCAACGAGUUCGAGGCGCAACCAGGUCAGGAAGAAAUCGUUUAUCCGAAACAUCUGCUGAUAUGUCUCAGAAUGUUGCUACGAACCGUGAUCACCGCCUGCGUUAGAACUCCCGAUCACAUUGCCAGUCGCAGCGGAAUUCUCAGCGUGUCGUUGCACGAACAAUAUCCGAGUCUGAUGAAUCAGAAUCUGAUACCGCCGGAGCGAAACGGAACCUGUCCGGCCGAACUCAGACACUUGUGCCGCUGCCGAAUCCGCGAAAUGCUCCACACCAACUGGGCGUUGCCAAACGGAAUCAAGAAACUGCAGAUUCCGGAAUCUCUGAGAGAUUAUCUGGAUCUGCUGCAGGACUGACGGAAGAGACUUUUUUUCUCGCGGCCGCGCGAUUUGUGUUUUGCGCGAUUGGCAUCGAUCAAUCCCCGCCCUGGCAUAGAAUCUCAGAUAUUUUAUCACACGCCUGUUUGUACGCGCAGUUAUGUCCUAGAAUUUCACGCCGCAAAGUCGAUAUAAUCUCGCAUUCUCUUGGUUCGGCGUCAGAAUGCGGCAAACGCGCGCGCCAAAAACAUUUCCAAGUUGCUGCGCAACCUUUUAAAUCUCGCAUUUCUUCUUCAAACCCCGGAGCGAAGUUCGAUGAGAUAUAGCAGAGUGUUUACAUUCGUAAAAGUGAAGUUGCGAACGAAGUAAUAAACCAAAGUCGGACGUAAAUCACACGUUUAAAAAGAUGUUGGCGGAUUUUACGUGAAAUUUUUUUUUAUUCACGCAGAGUCUCGUACAUGUGACGACGUCGCGCGUGUAAAGCCGUCGUCAAAUGGGAUUAAGAGCUUAGAGGGUUUGAGAAAGAGUCAAGUUCAAGAAGGUCGAGACGAUUAUCGUGACUCAUAAUGGUGCCGCGUUAAUGAAUCAUGGGAAUUGGAGAAAUAUGCUUUGUAAGGAAUAUAGCUAUUCGCUCGUGGUGCGAAUAUCAAGAACAAGCGGAAAGUGUGUCGUGAGACGCGAAAUUGUUGUGAUCCUUUAGCAACUUUCUUUAAUUGAAUGAAGCGAAAGUGAGGCAAAAAUAUAUAUGUAUAAUUAUACAAAAGUGUGUAAUUGUGAAGAAGUCACGUU